UUAUACGGUUAAUUUUAAAUGCAGAAAUUGAAAUGAGAUGAUGGGUUGCUAUAUUCACACUGCAGUUCCAGACUAGAAAAGAUAGAGGACAAGUGUGAAGGAGGAUUUCAGUGGAAUCACACCAACCAUAAAUGACACAACCUUUACAAGUUGUAUUAAACCCAUGAAUCCAUGAAACAAACAGCUUCAUGUAAAAUGGCUGCUCCACUCAGAGUGCACGCUGGACGCGUGCCGUGUGACCGUGAGUCAGACAUGUUGACCGUCUGUCUUUAAAGACUCAACACUUGUUUCCAGCCGCUAGAGGAACCGUGUGGCACAGCCAUGGACGUCCUGCGCUUUACCUUCACGCUGCUCCUAAUCGCCAUCUCGGCUUUAUCAGCCUACGAUGACACCUGGUCCGUUCAGGUUUCCCCCGAGGUGCGAACUAUCGAGGGUUACCCCGCAGUGCUGCCCUGCUCCUUUACUCACCCUGCACACACCCUGCACUCCUCCAUGAACGUGGUGUGGCGCUUGGGCCACGCCCGCGCCAGCACCAUACUCUUCCGUUGCUCCAGCCUCAACGGCAGCCAGCAUUGUGAGACCGGGCCGGACCAGGACCAGAGGUAUCGGCUGGAGGGAAACCACAGAGAGCACGACCUGACUCUGCGCAUCAGCGGCACCGGCCUGCAAGACAACGGGCGCUACUACUGCAGCGUCGAGCUGCCCGACCAUCAGCACGCCAACUUCGAGAACAAACUGGGCACGCGGCUACGAGUGGAAGCUCCACCGCGGAUCCUAAGCUUGUCCGUAGAGGGCAGCGUAGACACAAGUUUGAAAGCCCUGUGUCAGGUUCAGGGCUCUCCGCUACCCGACGUCCAGUGGACAGGUUUAGACAAAGUUCUCGAUGCAGAUAACGAAGUCGCCCCGCUCCCACAGGAAGCUCCGGAUCGCCACAGAACCACCAGCCAGCUCCUGGACGUCCAGCCUGGGGGACAGUACACCUGUACAGCGUCCAACCCUCUUGGCAACGACCAGGCUACCGUCUACAUCCUUCCCCCGAGUCCAGAAAUGUCCAAGCACAACAGCCACAAUGACGAUGUACUAACCAUACCUCUGCUGCUUGGGUUAGCAUUAGCGGUUAAGCUGCUUAUCUUCCUCGGGGGUCUGGGAGGAAUGAUCAUUAAAUCUCAUGUUGGGUCCAAAAAUCUGAGUCAAUCAACCAAAUGAUGUUUCUCAAUCUCAGCACACGUUUCUCAAACACAGCUUUUAUGGUUAGCGAAAACCAAUCAGCUGCUUGAUUAACCCAAACUCCACCCAUUUCAGAUUGAUUGAUAUGACACAUUUAAUAAUAUAAUAUUGUUUUUACUAACAGUUUUCUGUGCUUCAGUUUCAGCUUUUCACAUUUUUAAUCUUCCCUUUUUAUCUUGUCUAUUGUUUUAAAAUAAUUGUGUGGUUUUUAUUUUUAAUUCCUUAUUAACUCUAUUAAAA